AUGGGUAAUGGACAGAGUAGCAAUGAUACUAACAUUCCCUCAUCUCAUUCAUUUUUGUCGAAUAAAAAAUUAAGUACAAAAACGAAAAGCAAAAUAAUUGUUAUAAAGCAAAGGACAAAUAUAACAGGCCCGUCAUGUUCCAAGAAUGACGAAAUGAUAAAACGCUUCCUGGAAAUCCCAAAAUUUUAUCCCAUUUUGAAAAGUUCGUUAAAUCAACCAGAUUUACGUGACUCACCGGAGGCAACACCCAAAGUUAAUGCUCGUCCUGUGCUGAAAUUUGCCUGUCGUUUACAAGAACAUUUUUCGCGUUGUGCUAACACUGUGGUUGUGGAACAAGAAUCAUUGGGAAAUUCAAUGAAACAUGUAGAUCGUAAUAUUACACUUUUACUAGUACAGUUUGCUGAGCAAAAGAGAUCAAUGGAUCGUUUUCAAAAUUAUUUGGAAAAAAUGAACGAUUUACAGGCGCAUAUUUCGAAUUUACGAUUUCUUUUCCAAGAUCUUAUGCCAGUGAUUAACACCCUGAAUGAAAUUCUACCGGAACAUAAGCGGCUGCCAUUACUGGAUAUCGACUGCCUUGUAAAUGCUACAGAAGGUUCAUCAGAACAGAGAAAACAUGCUGGAAUUAUUCGCGAAAUUCAAGGUGGUACCUAUUUAAUGGAUAAUAAUCAAGAUGAUGUACAUAUCAAGCCUGUUGAUGAGAUGAAACCGCUCGCGACGAAACAAGUUGUUGCUUUUGUUAAUUAUUUCAUGGUAAAAAAUGUUCAAAUAUUGCAAGAUUUUGUUUCAAAUGUGGAGCGAAGGAUUAUUGACAUGGAAAAGCGUUUAAGUCGAGUGGAAGUGGAGUUAAAACUUUUGGAACUUAAAUUGGACAGCGUGCCAAGCUUACAAAUCAUUGUUUCGGAAGACAAUGAGGUCUUAGCAAAACAGCGAUAUAAUGGUCCACUGUUUAAUCAAAUUUCAGCAGAAGAUACUGUAGAGGACGAAAUAGUUGAGAAUGUGAAGGUAGAUAAUUCAGAAUCCUUAUUGGCUUCUAAUUCUCUUCCCAGUAUUGAAAGAUCAAGCGAAUCAAUGGCUUCGAAAACGUCUCUUGAAAACCAAAACAAACCAAACAGUUGCCUUCGCAUUCGAGAUGAUCCUCGUUACGCUAUUUACUUCAGAAUGCUUAAAAUGGGCGUACCUGAAUGUGCGGUGAAACAGAAGAUGGCCACUGAGGGAAUCGACAUAGCACUUCUUCAAACACCAGACGCUCUUUCUGACUUACCUGUAGAUGCGGCAGCUAGUAUUGAAGAUAAAGAUUCAACAAGUGCUGAUGAUGACGAUCAGGAUUCAACAUCUUCCAGUGAUCGUUGA